CCACAUGUUAUCCAUUCGAUUUUGUAUAAGUCUGACAUAAUUCAUCUUUAACAAAAAAAAAAAAAAUCUGUGACAUAAUUCAAUAAUCUAAUUUGUUUUAUGAUAAUCUCUCACUCGUUAGCUGAAUAAAAGUUCCGUACGAGUAAGCUGUGACACGUGUCCCUUUCAAUCUCCGCUCAACGCGGUUUCCAUCGCUUCUCGCCGUCCUUAUAUAAACUUCCUCGGCCCCAUUUUUCAUUUCUCACCUCUCUCUUUCUUUCUCUAACUUCUUCUUCUUCUCCUUUCAGAAACCCAGCGACCAUCUUCUUCACCGGUUAUGGUGACUUCGGAGGGAUUAGCAAGCGUUGAUUCUUGGUUAUAUCGCCAAGGUUUCAACGUUGAUUCAUGGUUGCUUUCUGAUACCUUCUCUCACGACAACGAUUUGCUCGCAAGAGCUCUCCAUACCACCGUCACAGCCCCUCAUACUCUCACUCCUUCCUCUGCUUUCUUCGAUUCCUCCGCUGUUUCUCACCCUUCUUCCACUAACACACUCUCCUCUACCGUCUCCGGUGCUUCUGAUCCAGAAAUCAUCGGCGGAGGAGCUAAACGGAAACGUAACUGCCUUCUUACCGACGGUAAAGCCGCCAAGCGCCGCGCUCGUGCUUCCAAGAAAUCUCAGACUACUUUCAUAACGGCGGAUCCGUCCAACUUUCGUCAGAUGGUUCAGCAAGUGACUGGCGCCAAGUACAUCGAUGACUCUUCUUCCUUUGGUAUUUUCGAUCCGAUUGUCAAGCCGGAGCCGCUUAGGUUCGUUAACAAACUGCCUUGUGGUCCUUCGGAUCGAUCCACGGCGGUUCCAAUGCUCGACACAUCAGCAUUUUUGUCUAAUCAUCACCAGGAGAAUCUCGCAGUGGGAAAUGCUUUCUCCGGUAACAGCAGCAGUGUAGGAUUACCGUCGGGGAAGCCAAGUGCAACGGCCGACCCCGGUGGUUCUGCCGUGGAGUUUGAUAAUUACCCAACAUUUCCAACGCUUGAAUCGUGGAAGGUUAUGUGAUCUGUUUCUUUCAGUCUUAGACGUAAUCUUUAACUUUUUAGGUUUGUUUUCUUUGCAUCCCUUCAUGAAUAAUCUUGUUCAUAGUUUUUGUUUAUCGAUGUAAUGGAUCAAAUCUGAGUUCUUUUGACUUUAAAACUAUUUAGAGGAUAAGUCACAAAUCUAUCUAUUAAAAAUAUUCAGCUAAUCGAAUGAGAUAAUACAAAAUUCUAAGUUGGGG